AUGGCAGGCAGCUGCGGACGAUGCUACGAGGUCCGCUGCAAGCCCGGGCUUGUUCUCAACAACCAGCUGCAGCCGAUCAAGCUGUCGGGCACGCCGCUGGCGUUCGAGGGCGACCGCUUCAGGCCCUACCUGGCCGCCAUCAACCCAAACGUCACCGACUCCCAGGGCAGGCGAGUGCCCUACCCCGGCAACCCCGCGGAGGCGCGCGGCGAGAUGGAGGUGACCUGCACCGACCCCUCCAGGACGCUGCUCAUCAGGAUCGCAGACAGCUGCCCCUGCACCCAGGUGCUGCCAGAGGGCGCCCCGGGGGUGGCUCGCGGGGGGGAGACGCGCACUCAGGCGUGGUGCUGCGGAGGCAUCCAGCACUUUGACCUGUCCUACGACGGCUUCGAGCAGCUGGCCCACCCCGUCUACGGCAUAACCAUGCUCGAGUACCGCCCCGUGGACUGCAACACCAAGGCGCGGACUGGGCCCGGACUGCCGGCCGCCGUGGCGCGGCCAGUACGCUGA